CUGCUGCUGCUGAUCGGGGAGCAGGAGUUGCAGCAGUCCGGAAUCAUUAAACCUGCUCCACCACUUGAUGCCGGUGACCUUGGCUAACGGGGAUCCCGCCUUCCUCUCCGGUAUUUUUCUUUUCUUUCCACCAUGGCAUCCUCGGACGGGCUGGAGGAGGAGUGCGUGCUGCAGCGGGGCAGAUCUCAGAGUGACCCGAGCAGCAUCACCGAGGUCCGCCUGGGAGAAGCGCACAGAGCAGAUGUGAUGGACCAGCAGAGGGCGCUGCACUCGGGGUGCCUGGUCUCGGGGGUCCGCACGCCUCCCGUCCGACGCAACAGCAAGCUGGCCAGCCUGGGACGCAUCUUCAAACCCUGGAAGUGGAGGAAAAAGAAAAACGAGAAGCUGAAGCCCUCUGCAGCCGUGGAGAAGAAGCCAGCUGUGCGGCAGAAGAGAGAUGACCUCGUCAGGAGGAACCCCGGGGAGACGGAGACAGAUUCAGAUCUGGCCUGUGGGGGUAAUGGCGAGGAUCCAGACACUCCGACUCAGUCUGACGCCGAGGACAGAGACGAGGAGCCCGUGGCCCCUCUGGCCAGCACCAGUGAAGACCUGGGCAGCGACUUAGAGGCCUCCACAGUGCAAGAUUUGACCGAGGACACCAAGACUCUGGGAGACCCCAACCAGAGCGAGGACGGGGAGGACGAGAGCACGUCUCUGAGCGACCCAAGCGACGAGCCGCUGCCGGGGAAGGUGGAGGCCGUGGAGGUGAAACCGGAGGUGACGCCGGUCCCACUGCCCGUACGAACCAGAACAUCCCCUCCACCCAAACCCCCCGUCAGGAUGCUCACCAGGAUGGGAAGCCUGGACUGUGCCCCUUCAGUGCCGGUGAAGAAGUCCCCGGCCACCUUACCCAGGAACUUCACGCUCCCCAAAGACCCCCACAGCUCCCUACUGAGAGGCCGGAUCUCCACCCCCACCGGCUCCCCCCACCUGGGGGCGCUACACAACCAGCUGCCCCCCAGCUGCAUCAUCGAGGAGCUGCACCGAGCGCUCGCCACCAAACACAGACAGGACAGUUUCCAGACGAAGGACCCUCGCUCGUCUCUGAAGCGCCGGAUGGACGGCCGUCUGUCCCGGACAUCCAGCACGGAGCGGGAGCCGGGCCGAGAGCCGGACGGGAAGAAGGAGUCGGACGAGAACAAGGAGAACUGGCGUCUGGACGAAUACCUGAACGACCAGGACAGCUGGAACGACUCCGUCAUCUCCGGGACUCUCCCCCGCCGGGUGAGGAAGGAGCUUCUGGCCGUGAAGCUGAGGAACCGGCCCAGCCAGCAAGAGCUGGAGGACCGCAACAUCUUCCCGGUGCGCAGCGACCAGGAGCGCCAGGAGAUCCGGCAGCAGAUCGAGACGAAGCUGGCCAAGAGACUGAGCCAGAGGCCGGCGGUGGAGGAGCUGGAGAGCCGGAACAUCUUAAAACAAAGAAAUGACCAGACAGAACAGGAGGAGAGGAGGGAAAUCAAACAGCGGCUCAACAGAAAGCUGAACCAGAGACCGACUGUAGACGAGCUGCGGGACAGAAAGAUCCUGAUCCGAUUCAGUGACUAUGUGGAAGUGGCCAAAGCUCAGGACUACGACAGGCGGGCCGACAAACCCUGGACCCGCCUGUCCGCUUCUGACAAGGCGGCGAUACGGAAGAGCUGAACGAGUUCAAGAGUACCGAGAUGGAAGUCCACACUUCGAGCAAGCAUCUGACGAGGUUCCACCGGCCAUAGCAAGGUUUCUUCUGUGAAGAGUUGCUGAUGUGUGGUUCUGUCCGUGGAGACCUUUGCACGCAGUCUUCCAGCGCCCCGGCCCGCAGUUAGUGGGCAUUCCUGGGAUUCGUUUCCAGCCAACCUUGGAGGCUAUGUCUCUAGAAACGGAGCUGCCGGUACACCGAGACUUCUGCUCAGAGGAGAACUUCCUGAUCCCGUCCUCCAGCUUGUCGGAGGAGCGAGGCGUGCGCCGUAGACAAGCAGAGACUUCUUUUUGUAAACUUUUGAAAGACAUUCUUUUUUUGAUGCCACGCAGAGGGGGGGGUUGUGCAUGUGACCGAGUCGACUCCCAGUCCCGCUCCAGUUUCAGUAGUCACAACCGCGAGAUGUGUGUGAGUCCCACUGAUUCAGACGGUGAUGCGUUUCAUAUCAACGGUGUAAACAGAAACCUUGUCUGUGUGAAAGACAAAACUCCCUUUGUAAGCACUAUUUAUUGUCUGCACAAUACAGGUUUUCAAUUUCUAUCAAACUCUCUGUCUGGUGUGGUGAAUAUUUGUGGGAUUUUGGUGGGUUUAGGGUUACAUUUUAAAAGUGAUGUACGGUUGAAACUGCCUUUAUGCAUCAAAAAGCUGAACAUUGUUAAAACUACAGUCAUUAUAUUAUCCAUACAUCUUAUACCUUACCUGCUUGAUACAUUGCCUUUAGAUACCCUGUCUGCUUUACAGCUCUUUACCUAGUCCGGUGCUGUGUGCACAUUAAAAUCAUGACAGGGUAAAAGGUCAUUUACCAAAAACAUCCCAUCAGAAAGCAGCAAAACUUCUUGGCAUGUAGGCUACUUUUUGAAGGAGCGUUUACCCUUUAGGAAAACCCUGCAGAAAAGAAACCGCACCCAGAAAUAAUCAUCAAUGAAGGGAUUCGGAUAAGCGAGGACCCCAGGACAAAAAUCAGCAAAGGCACAAAGUCCUUUCCUUACUGAUUGUCAUGUAUUCGAUAUACAAAGGACAAAUGGAUGGUAAUCAGCAU